AGGUGAGCUUGACACGUGCAGAAUGCGUUUGCUCCAGCUGAAAUUCUAAGCUGUGUGAAAUAAUAGUAACUUUAUCAGAGGGAAACCAUGACUGAAAGCUCAGAAAGCAUCGUUCUCACUACACCUGUGGAACAGGAUUCAAAAACGGAGGCUGUCAAAGACCAAACUGCUCCCGAAAAAGGCUCAGAAAAACCUUUGGAAAAUUCACAGGAUGUUGUUUUGAAAGAAUGUGCAGCUUCAGAGGAGACGGGCGGCAAAGAGAAGGCGGAGCAGGAAGACGGACAGCAGGAUGCAGGGACGGCUUUUCCACCUGCAGCUGAGCCCACCUGUACCGAGACACAGUGGGCGGUUGGGGCUCAGUGUAAGGCUGUGUGGUCAGAAGACGGGCAGGUGUACACGGCGACAGUGGUCUCUCUGAACGGUGAGCACUGCAGAGUCCGAUUCAAUGGCUUUGGCAACGAGGAAGACAUGGAACUGAGCGCGCUCAAAAGUCCAGAUGCUGCUCUGAAAAUACAGAGACAGGACUCACAGGAAUGGAGACCCGGCUCUCGUUGUCGGGCUGUGUACUCGGGCGACAGUCUGGUUUAUCCGGCUGUUGUUGUCUGGGUCAAAGGUCAGCGGUGCUGCGUUCGCUACGACGAAUACAACAAUGAGGAGGAGCAGGACGUCGGCAGCCUGAUGAGCGCCAACGAGCUGCACGGACCCAACAGAGCAGCUUCAAAGGGCGGCAGGAGGACGCCUGUUUCCAGCAGGAGGGAUGAGAAGCCAGGGGAGCGAGGAUCAGAGAGGAGGUCAGCAUGGAGAGAUGAUCAGCACACCUCCACCUGGCAGGUUAAAGAGAAAUUCAGUAGUCAGACUAAAGCGGAGAAAGAAGAGAAGAAGAAAGAUGGAGCAGAGAAACCGACCAAUCCCAGCUUCCCUCUCUUCCCUCCGUUUCCUCCUCCUCCUCAGUUGAGCUCUGGGGACUCUCUGUCCUUCGUCCCUCCUCCUCCUCCUCCCUGGGUGUUUGGAGGGAAAGAGUCUGCAGGUGCUGACUCCGUCUACACCAUGUUGAUGAUGUGGUACUUGUGUGGCUUCCAUACCGGUAGUUACCUGACUCAGCAGGCAUCCAAGACGAGCUCCAAAGACUGAAAGUUUGCUCCAGAGGCAGAGAGAAUUCUGGGAGGUUGUGGUCGACACCUGUACAUUCAGUAUUUUAUUUGAGAUAAUUUAUAAUUGUAUUUUAUUUUAAAGAUAUUUUGUUCUUAGUUGAAUGUUGAGAUAAAACCUUCAGAACUUUGAUGGUACAUGUAGAACAGUUCUGUUUUCUCUGUUCAGAGGAUUGAAGAGAUUUUAUGUUAGAGUAGUUUUUCUUUUCUGCUGUUUGGAAAUGAAAUGAAAGUUUUUGAAGCUUUUUAAAAUCGUCUCUAAAGUUUUUCAGUUUGUUCUCACAGAAAGAAGUCUAAGUUAAAUCUGUUAAUAAACUAAGAUGAACACUUAAA